AUGUCCUCAACACUACAGUGGUGGAUCCACUAUAGGUUGAUGCGUGUCCUUGGCAUCGAUGCUCUCGAAGUUCUUUUGCAAUUGACACGUGUCCUCAACAUACAAGGUGCCCGAGGCGUUUGGUGUUUGACAUGUGUCAUCCACAUCAAGAUCCUUUCAAGCACCCUCUCUAUGACACGUGUCCUCGAUGCCAAGCUCCCCCAGAGCCUUCAUUGUCGAACACCUAUACUCGGCGUCUCAGGUCCCCUCAG